AAGUUUUCUUACUUUUCUCCGUUUUCUCUAGAGUUUAGAAGUGACACGCAUAAUGAAUGUAUGUGUGUAUUUGUUACAGAUCCGCUAAGAUGAAUCACAGGAGUCGAGCGCAGUUCCUUUGGGCUAUUUACACAGUGUUCCUUAUAAAUAUAACUGGGAUUAACACACAGACAGACACUACAGAACCAGUAGAAAGCACAACUAUUGACUUUAACUACACACAAAAUGAAGAACCAGUUUUCAGAGAGGGUCGAAAGGAGAACGGAUCAUACGUUUUCGUAGUCGAUGACGAUGGUUUAAACGCAACUAUAUCAGAAGACUUCCCACAUGACGCACCAGAAAGUGCCUCCAGAGUGCUUGUUGCAAACAAACCAAACGGCACUAACGAAUUCAAAUUUGAAAAUCGUAAAAUAGAAUCAAGUCCCCCAGUGAAACAUCCAAUCAAAAUGCUACAUGAUGGAGAAAUUCAACCAAUAAUAAGCAGAAAUGUUAAAGAUUCUAUUAGAGCUCAUGUGAGAUACGAUGAGGUUACAGGUGAAUUGAUGAAUGGAGAUCACCCUUGUAAUAGAGAAUGCAAAGAAGGUGAAGAGCCAAUGAUUUGCUAUUAUCAUUUCGUUUUGGAAUGGUAUCAAACGAUGAGCAAAGCGUGCUACGACUGUCCGUACAAUUUAACUGACUGUACACGCCCUGAUUGUAUCCCCGCUGAUGGAAUGAAUCGACCUCUGAACGUGGUUAAUAGAAAAAUGCCAGGCCCUGCCGUCGAGGUAUGCCAACAUGAUCGUGUGAUCGUUGACGUGGAGAAUGACCUGAUGACGGAAGGUACCACGGUGCACUGGCAUGGUCAGCAUCAGAGAGGCACUCCAUACAUGGAUGGGACGCCAUACGUGACGCAGUGUCCCAUAUUACCUGAGACCACAUUCAGGUACCAAUUCAACGCUACUCACGCUGGCACCCACUUCUGGCAUUCUCAUUCUGGUAUGCAGCGAGCUGAUGGUGCAGCUGGAGUCUUUAUUGUGAGGAAACCAAAGUCUCAGGAUCCUCAUGGAAGAUUGUAUGAUUAUGACCGAUCAGACCACGUGAUGCUGGUAACAGACUGGAUCCAUGAGUUAGGAAUUAGCAUGUUCACUGACCAUCACCACUCCAAAGGAGACAAUAAGCCGCCGACCCUCCUCAUCAAUGGAGUUGGCAGGUUUAAGGUCUUCAAUGAAACUGCUAAACCCAUGUAUAUGAGAGCUGCCAGGUUUAAUGUGGAACAGGGCUACAAGUAUCGUUUCCGCGUGAUCAAUGCCGAGUUCCUGAACUGCCCUAUAGAGUUGUCUGUGGAUGGUCAUAAUAUAACGGUGAUCGCUUCAGAUGGUUACGACUUGCAACCGAUUACAACUACAUCGCUAGUUACUUACGCGGGAGAGCGGUACGACUUUAUAUUGGAGGCUAACAAUGAAAUAGACAACUAUUGGAUCCGGUACCGCGGUUUGAUGGAUUGUGACGAAGUAUUCACAAAAGCAAAGCAAGUUGGUGUCCUGCACUACGAGGGAGCUAUGGAUUUGGAGCCACCCGGUGACCCCACAUGGGAAGAAUUACACAACGAAGGAUUGCAAUUAAACGCUCUCAACAAGGGUGAGGAAGAUGAAGAAACUAUCAGCGUGGCUGGGAUGCGGUCUUUAGAAGGAUACGACGAUAGUCUCAAGGAAGUUGCUGAUUAUCAGUUCUACGUAGCCUACGAUUUCUAUGCGAAGAACAAUUCUCAUUUUCACAGAUCACCUUAUUAUGGAUAUUACCAAGUCCCACAUAAGGAUAAUCGUCUGUACACACCACAACUGAACCACAUCAGUAUGAAGUUACCUUCAAGUCCACUCCUUACCGCAAGACCAUCCACAGACAACUUUUGCAAUUCUUCCAGUAUCGACGAGGCAUGCACUGAAGGCUACUGUGAAUGUUCCCACGUCUUAGCUGUAAAACUAAACUCUGUAGUAGAAAUUAUUAUCGUCGAUGAAGGAGUUACUUUUGAUGCCAACCACCCAUUCCAUCUUCAUGGACAUAGCUUUAGAGUAGUCGGUCUCAGAAGGCUUGCUAAAGAUAUCACUGUUGAUGAAAUCAAGGCAUACGAUAAAGCAGGUCUGCUUAAAAGAAAUCUAAAGAAUGCACCGAUUAAGGAUACAGUUACUGUGCCUGAUGGAGGUUACACAGUUAUCAGGUUUAAAGCAGACAAUCCUGGGUACUGGCUUUUCCAUUGUCAUAUUGAGUUCCACGUAGAAAUUGGUAUGGCGUUAGUUUUCAAAGUUGGUGAACAUAAAGACAUGGCACCGGUACCCAGAGAUUUUCCUUCAUGUGGUAGCUAUUUGCCAGAUAACAUGUUGGAGCAUGCAACUACAGAGAAACCUAAGAGUGAUGAUGUAAUUUCUAUAUCACACUGGUGGCCUGUAGUUUUUAUAAAUAAUACAUCAGCUAGUACCAGUGUGCAAGCUUCUGUAUUAGCAAUCGUAUUUAGUAUAUUGCUAUCGACAUUUUUAAAAUCAUAGUUUCCAAUUUUAGUGUUAUUAAAUCUGAAUUCUUGGAAUUAAUAGUCUACGUUGCUGUUGAACUCAAGAAUUCAGUCCUCUAUUGGAAUUUGUACUUACUUAUUAUUUAUUUCAUAUAAAAUGUUAGUUUAUUAAAUAUUUUCUUUGAUUCAUAAAUGAAAUAGC